UCGGAUUCUACUGCUGACCCGCUUUCUCUUUCUCUUCGAAUUGGGUCUGUAAAUUGAAUUAUUUUGUACAUGAUCGAAAGAUGUAUAGCAAUUUCAAAGAACAAGCAAUCGAAUAUGUACGUCAAGCUGUACAAGAAGACAACGCUGGUAACUAUGCUAAAGCAUUUCCUCUUUACAUGAACGCUUUAGAGUAUUUCAAAACUCAUUUGAAGUACGAAAAAAACCCUAAGAUUAAGGAAGCGAUUACUCAGAAAUUCACCGAGUAUUUACGCCGGGCUGAAGAGAUCCGGGCUGUAUUGGAUGAAGGUGGAACUGGGCCGGGUCAAAAUGGAGGUGAUGCUGCUGUGGCAACCCGGCCCAAAACGAAGACCAAGCCCAAAGAUGGUGAAGAUGGGGAAGAUCCUGAACAGUCUAAGUUAAGGGCUGGCCUUAAUUCGGCUAUUGUUAGGGAAAAGCCCAAUAUUAAAUGGAAUGAUGUUGCUGGUUUGGAAAGUGCUAAACAAGCUUUGCAGGAAGCUGUUAUUUUGCCUGUCAAGUUUCCUCAGUUCUUUACGGGCAAGAGGAGACCAUGGAGAGCAUUUCUUUUAUAUGGUCCUCCUGGGACAGGAAAAUCAUACUUGGCCAAAGCUGUUGCUACUGAAGCAGAUUCCACUUUUUUCAGUGUCUCAUCAUCGGACCUUGUUUCCAAGUGGAUGGGUGAAAGUGAAAAGCUAGUUUCGAACCUAUUCCAAAUGGCUCGCGAAAGUGCCCCAUCCAUUAUAUUUGUUGAUGAAAUUGAUUCCUUGUGUGGACAGCGAGGAGAAGGAAAUGAGAGUGAAGCUUCUAGACGUAUUAAAACAGAACUGCUUGUGCAGAUGCAGGGUGUUGGACACAAUGAUGAUAAGGUUCUUGUUCUUGCGGCAACAAAUACACCUUAUGCCCUAGAUCAGGCUAUACGGCGAAGAUUUGAUAAGCGCAUCUACAUUCCUCUACCAGAUGCAAAGGCACGACAACACAUGUUCAAAGUUCAUUUAGGGGACACCCCCCAUAACUUAAGUGAGAGCGACUUUGAAGACUUGGGCCGUAAAACAGAAGGUUUUUCUGGUUCAGAUGUUUCUGUCUGUGUCAAGGAUGUGCUCUUCGAACCUGUACGCAAAACACAAGAUGCUAUGUUCUUCACCCACACAUUAGAUGAUACAUGGAUGCCGUGCGGUCCAAAACAACCGGGUGCUGUGCAGACAACUAUGCAGGAUCUUGCUACUAAAGGACUUGCAUCCAAGAUCAUCCCCCCUCCCAUUUCAAAAACAGACUUUGAUAAGGUGCUUGCCCGUCAACGACCAACAGUAAGUAAAUCGGACCUUGAGGUGCAUGAAAGAUUCACAAAGGAGUUUGGAGAAGAAGGGUGAAGAAACUGAUAACAUUGAUCGUGUCUUUCGUACAUUUGCCAUGAUUUGUAUUUUAUUUGUGUUUUGCCUUAAAAACACACUAAUCUGUUCAAAGGCCAUUUUAAAAAAUUGGAAAGUUGACGUUGUUUACCCUUUCCUUCUGGGGUGUCAGUUUUACAUUUUAUGUAGUUACCAAUGUGGAGCUUCUGCAAAUCUUAUUGCAAUUAAUUAAGCAACUGCAAGUACCAAAGUUUAUGUGA